GGUGAAAUGGCGCAGAAAGGAGUUCAGCUGGACCGGGAAACUUUCUCUUGUUCGAUCUGUCUGGAUCUACUGAAGGGUCCGGUGACGACUUCCUGUGGACACAGUUACUGCAUGGACUGUAUUAAAACCCACUGGGAUAAAGAGGAUGAGAAGGAAGUCUACAGCUGCCCUCAGUGUAGAAAGAGCUUCACACCAAGGCCUGUCCUGCUGAAAAACACCAUGUUGGCAGAUUUAGUGGAGGAGCUGAAGAAGACUGUGCUUGAAGAAGCUCCUGCUGAUCACUGCUAUGCUGGAGCUGAAGAUGUGGCCUGUGAUGUCUGCACUGGGAGAAAACUGAGAGCCUGUAAGUCCUGUCUGCAGUGUUUGAUCUCUUAUUGUGACAAACACCUCCAGCCUCAUUAUGAAUUGCCUGCCUUUAAAAAACACAAGCUGGUGGAGCCCUCCAAGAAGCUCCAGGAGAACAUCUGCUCUCGUCACGACGAGGUGAUGAAGAUGUUCUGCCGCACUGAUCAGCAGUGUAUCUGUUAUCUCUGCUCUGUGGACGAACACAAAGGCCACGACACAGUGUCAGCUGCAGCAGAAAGGACUGAGAGGCAGAAAGAGAUCAAGGUGAGACGACAAAACAUCCAGCAGAGAAUCCACAGCAGCAGGAAAGUUAUGAAGCAGCUUCAGCAGGAGGUGGAUGGCAUCAAUCGCUCUGCUAAUAAAGAUGUGAAGGACAGUGAGAAGAUCUUCAUCGAACUGAUCCGCUUCAUCCAGAAAAAAAGCUCUGAUGUGAAGCAGAAGGUUAAAUCUCAGCAGGAAAGUGAAGUGCGUCGAGUCAAAGAGUUUCAGAAGAAGCUGGAGCAGGAGAUGGCUGAGCUGAAGAAGAAAGACUCUGAGCUGGAGCUACUUCAACAAACAGACGAUUACACCCAGUUUCUACAAAAAUUCUCCUCAGUCUCACCUCUCGGUGAAUCCUCAGAGUUACCCAGCCCUAAAAUCCGUCCUCUGCAGUACUUUGAGGACGUGACAACAGCUGUGUCAGAAGUCCGAGAUAAACUGCAGGAAGUUCUGAUGGAGAAGUGGCCGAAGAUUUUACGGACAGUCACUGAAGUGGAUGCUUUUCUGUCGCAACAACUGAGGACCAGAGAGGAGUUCUUACUGUAUGCAAGUCAAAUCACGCUGGAUCCAAACUCAUCAAACACUAGCAUAAUGUUGUUUUCUGAGAGGUACCGCAAAGUAACAACAACUCCUUUAUUGGAAAUGUUUUUGCCAUCCCGAGACAGAUUCAACGGUUUACAUCAGGUCCUGAGUAGAGAGAGUCUGACUGGACGUUGUUACUUCGAGGUGGAGUAUGAUGCACUAUUAACAGUAGCUGUAGCAUACAAGGAUAUGAAAAGACAUAAUACCUCUAAAGACUGUGCAUUUGGGUACAACAAGAAGUCUUGGGCGUUAUAUUGUCAUUCUAAAUUUGAAUUCAGACAUGACGAUAUCCACACGCCAAUCUCGGUUAAGUCGUCUUACAAAGUGGGAGUGUUCCUGGAUCAUAAGGCUGGAGUUCUGUCGUUUUACGACGUGGGGGAAACCAUGAAGUUCAUCCACAAAGUGCAGACCACUUUCACUCAGCCGCUCUACGCUGGUCUCGCCCUUCACUUUUCCAACGGAGACAACGCCACAGUGUGUCUGACCUGGGGAGAUGACACCACUCAGCAGGUUCUGUCUAAAGAGCUUUCCAAACUGAGGAGGGUUCCCUUCAGAACGCAGCAGAACGGAGCCGUCUACAACACAGACAGCAGACCUUCAUCUGAAGCGAUGGACCCGGCGGAUCGGAGGGUGAAGCCGGUGCAGCUGGAGCUCAGCAGGAACCUGCAGACGUACCUCCAACGCCUCGGACUUAUCCCCAAAACAUCCUCUUCCUCCAGCCUGAGCUCACAGGGCAAGAGUGAUCGUUUCCAGUCAGGCGUCGCUGCAGACUACUAUCGCUCCAAGCCUCAGAAGUCCUCCAGCUUUUCCUCCUCUUCCUCUUCCUCGUUCUCACCAGUGCAGAAGCAGCAGAGGCCUCCACCCGAUGGAGACUCCCUGCGGGGCGCCCUGAGGCAAUAUCUGUCCCUGCAGAGCGGGCGGGGAGACCCCAAACUGAGGCCCUUUUACAGCAACGGGAUAGAAAACACCGGCCUGGAAACAGAGGGUCCGAAAUCCAGACUGAUGAAGCUGGGGAAAACUCAGGGGGCUUCAGUCAAAGAGCCUCUGACGCCUGUGGAUGAGAAGUUCAUCCAGAAGGUUCUGCAGAGCGUGGGCCGGCACCAUGUGGACGUAGACGGCCUGACGCAGCAGGACCUGAGCCAGCUGUCCCGCCUGAUCACUGAGGCUCUGCAGGUGGUGGACAAAGAUCAGAACCAGAACCAGGACCAAGACCAGGCAGAGAUGGCAAAAACUCCAAACCGGGGCGGGACUCGGGUGAGACCUGGACCCAGAGACCUGGAGGGAGAGGAGGAAGAAGAGCCUGGCAGGGAUGAGGAAGAGGAGGAAGAGGAGAAGCUGCUGGAGAACGUUCCGACAGUAAAACAACAGGAGAGCUUUCCCACAGCGCCAGCUAAACUGCAAGAGCGCCAAACAGAUACUGAGGAGCAGAACAUGGAGGAAAAGCCUGACCUCUUCACCAAACUCCUCGCCUACCUGGACAAAUCCUCCUUUAGCUCCGCCCCCUCGGCCAGAAAUCUGGACAAUUUGAACAUGGAAACACCCGGAGGACGACAGGUGGGGCUGGAAAACGUCCAGAGUCGCACCAGCGAGGCGGGGGUGACGGUGCAGAAGAAGGACGCCGCUCAGCAGUUGGAGGAAGUGUCGGAGGUUCACGGAUGGAUCAAAGACGUGGCGCCGCCUCCGGCUGCCCUGGUUUACGACGAUCCGCACAAAAAGACACUUCAAGUCCCCGAACUGCAGCUGGACGUCAAGGAAGAAGGCUGGAAGAAGGAGGACGUGUUCGGAUACAUCAUCACCGACACUGAUGGGCUGCAGACGGACGAAGGCCUCCACCUGAUGGAGAUCCUCGCUCACAUGGCUAAAAUCCAGAUGACCGACUUCGCCGAGCUCUCUGUGGUGGGGCCCGCGGUGACCUUCAAAGUGAGCCCCAACCGUCAGAACGUCAGCACCACAGAUGUGGCCAACGUUGCAUUUGAACGGCAAGAGGAUCUGGAGAAAGAAGCUAAGGUCAGCAUCCUGGAGGCCGGGAUCGCCGAUGGAAGCCAGAUCAAGCAGAUUCCCACCAAGUACAGCCAGGCGGAGUCCACCAAGUUCCUGGUGCUCACGGUGGUCUCCAUCUUGUGCAUCGUGGCCGUUCUGCUCGCCUCCACCGUCAUCUACUGCCUCCGCCAUCGAUCCCACCACAAGCUGAAGGAGAAGCUCACCAACCUGGGAACAGACACCGGAAACGAUGCUACCUCCACCUAUCAGGAGCUGUGUCGGCAGCGCAUGGCGGUGAAACCUCCGACGGAGCGCAGCGAGCCGAUCUCCUCCAGGAUCAACAGCGUGUCGUCUCAGUUCAGCGAUGGAGGUCCGGCCGUCAGCCCCUCGGCUCGCAGCAGCAUCUCCUCCUGGAGCGAGGAGCCCGCUCACCACAACAUGGACAUCUCCACCGGACACAUGAUCCUGUCCUACAUGGAGGACCACAUGAAGAAUAAGGACCGCCUGGCGAAGGAGUGGGAGGCUCUGUGUGCGUAUCAGGCCGAGCCCAACGCCUGCACCGCGGGUCUGAAGGAGGGGAACACCAAGAAGAACCGCUCCUCCGCCGUGGUAGCAUAUGAUCACUCCAGAAUCCCCUUGAAGGUGGAGAACAGCCAAGGAAACUCUGAUUACAUCAACGCCAGCCCCAUCAUGGAUCAUGAUCCGAGGAACCCGGCCUACAUCGCCACUCAAGGCCCACUGCCCUCCACAGUGGCUGAUUUCUGGCAGAUGGUUUGGGAGAACGGCUGUGUUGUUAUUGUGAUGUUGACUCCUCUGGUGGAGAGCGGGCUGAAGCAGUGCUACCACUACUGGCCCGACGAGGGGUCCAACCUGUACCACAUCUACGAGGUGAACCUGGUGUCCGAACACAUCUGGUGCGACGACUUCCUGGUUCGUAGCUUCUACCUGAAGAACAUGCAGACCAACGAGACCCGGACCGUGACUCAGUUCCACUUCCUCACCUGGCUCAACCAGAACGUUCCAGAGACCAGCCGCACGCUGCUGGACUUCCGCAGGAAAGUCAACAAAUGCUACCGCGGACGCUCCUGUCCCAUCAUCGUUCACUGCAGUGAUGGUUCUGGAAGAAGUGGAACAUACGUCCUGAUCGACAUGGUGCUCAACAAGAUGGCUAAAGGUGCCAAGGAGAUUGAUAUUGCAGCGACUCUGGAGCACCUGAGGGACCAGAGGCCAGGAAUGGUUCAGACCAAGGAUCAGUUUGAGUUUGCGUUGACGGCCGUCGCUGAGGAGGUGAACGCCAUCUUGAAAGCUCUUCCUCAGUAGAGAAGAACCAGAUGGACCUCCUCUUCUUCCUCCUAUGUCUCACCUAGAGGACUUUCCUCUUCCCAUCGCCUCAACUUCCUGUUUCCAUCUUCUCCUUUCUCCUCAUCUGUUCCUCUUGCUUCCUUCCCACCUUGUCUCCUCUUGUAUUAACUUCUCCUCUUUCCAACCCUACCCCCCUCUCCUCUCCUUUUCCUUUUCCCAUCCCACUUUUUCCAAACUCCUUCUCAACAUUCGUCCUUUCCCUUCUGCCUUUCUUUAAUUAUAAAUGUCUCCUUAUGUUUACUAGUUUUCUCCUCUCGUCUCCUACCCUGUUACCUCAUCCUCGCCUCCUUUCCUUUUCCCAUCCCAGUUAUCCUAAUCUCCUUUAGUCCUUUGGUCCAAUUACUUCCUUGUUUCCUCCCUAUCUCCUCAACUUUUCUCCUUACCCUUUGGUCGUCUUUCUCCCAAUGUGUCCUCCUUUUCCUACCCUAACUUUCCUCAUUUCCUCCCCUUGUCUCCUCCUCCUUGUUCCCACUCAUCCUCCCCCUCUCUUCUUGCAUCCCAGUAAACAUUGUGUCAGGAAUCCUUUGAAUCCUGAAAAUAGACCUUCCUUCUGUUGUAAUGAUCCAUACAGCCUGUUUUUCCAAAGUGACAUUUAGACACAUUUUCAUAGAUGGAUACAAAAGUUUCUGUGGUAUAUUUAUCAUAGUUUUCUGUUUGAUUGCUAUUUGUUUCGCGUGUGUUUGUAUCACAGAGUCGUAUUUGUGUUUUCAGAGCUAUGCUUUCUGAUAUGUUCAAAGUCAAAGUGCAACUCAUCUGUGAUUUUAGAUCAGAUUUCUCUUUCUUAACGGUGAUGAAAAACUGCCAAUUGGGUGUUUCCAAAGUUUGUGAGUCCAUCUUCAAAUGUCCUGUUAUUGUGAGGAAGAUCUUGGUACUGGAUGUGAGCUGGGAUAACAGAUUAUUCUUUCAUGUUUCAUUCUCAUUAUCCAAGUAGGAGCAAUAUAGUUUCUCCAACCUGAAUCGGCUUGUCACUGAAGUCACACUCAUGUCUGCCUUAAUAAAAAAAACACAUUUAGCCACGUGGAAACUCGGCUAGUUGGUAACACUUCAUUUUAAAAUGGCUUUAAUCCUUAAUCUCAAAGCUUUGUCUCUGAUAAAACCAGAAGAACAUGCAUUGUUUGGUUAUCUUUGGGCAGGAAGUUACUUUCUUGGGCAGUGAUCUUAUGUACUAAAGAAUACAUAAAUGAACACUGGGAAGAGGCCAUUUUAAAAUCAAGUGUUUCUGACCAGUCUUUCAAGGUUAAAUAAAAUAGUCUUGCUUCUGAAUAGCAGUUCUUCUAUGUAGCAUUAAUGGAUGAUUUGUACAUGUUUAGUAGCUAUAACUAUUGUUUUUCUGUGACACUCAUCAGCGUGUUUCCCCCGGUAACCCUAACCCUAACCCUAACCCUAAAACAACUUGGUUUGACGUGCUGUAACAUCCAUUAUCUUAAGAUACGUAAAACAGCUUGUGUAAAAUCAACUUAAUUUCAAUACUUUCAAUUCAUUUUACGAGCAGUUUUAAUGAUCCUUUACCCCAAAAAUCUCCCUGUCCGGUCUUAUUUAAAUCACUAUUAAUAUGACUUACGCUUUAGUGCAUGGUUAUUUAUCAGCAGAUGGGUGUGCUGUAUUUUCCCGAGGCCUCAAGGAGAUCUUAGCAAACAAACAAAUGGUGACUGUGUAUUGCACCCAGAGGCUCCGAGGAUCUUAAAAGUGCAAAAGCCAAGGUCUUAACUGAGCAGAUGAUGGCUAAAGGGAGUUGAGAAGUUGCUGCAGUGUGGAUGUGAUGUAAUACUGCAGCAAGCUGGUGUCAUGUUGUUGGAAUCUGAUCCAGUUUUCAUCACAAAUUUGAAAACAUGUUUGAUGUAGAAGACUAUCUUAAUGCUUCUGCCUUUUAAAAGAUACCAUAAUAUAAGUUAUACAAUUGUGGAAAUAUGUGAAACUGCUUGGAAGAAUUGAAAUUAUCUGAUUCUAACAGACAUUUUUAAAGAGUCAAAUGUUAAAACAAGUGGGUUUUUUUCUUGCUCAAAAUGUUCCCCAUGCUUCUCUGUCUCUUUCACUCUCCAUCGAGUCUCAAUAGAUGGCUGGUCUGUUGCAUUAACACUCUGUACAUAAACCAACAAAAAAGAAAAAAAAACAGAAGAUAUUUUGUUCUAUUGGUGUAAACAAAUUGUGAAUAAAGUCUAAUUGUCGACGCAGUAUCGUGAUGCAAUCCUGA